AUGAAUGAAAUGGGUCGUCUUCCGUGUGGGGAUUUUCGUGUGGCCAAUCGUUUCUCAGCCGCUAUUCCGCCAAUUGUUCCCGUUAUCAGAUUCGACGCCCCGUUGAUCUUCACGAAUGUUGAGCGCUUCAAGCGAGCAAUUCGACACGAGAUUCACACACUUUCAAGAGUCUACGUGUCGGCUCCCGAAAAGAUCCCACUUGGUGACGAGGUGGAAAGAGAAAAGAAAGAAGAAAAAGAAGAAAAAGAAGCACCAUGGGAGGUGGUGAUUCUCGACUGUUCCACAUGGGUUUACACGGAUUCGAUGGGAAUUGAGGCUGUGAAAGAGCUGAUCUUGGAGAUGUUGACGAAGAGAACGUUGAUUCUCUUCUCGGAAGUGAGGAGCGCUGUCCUUGUUCAAUAUCGUAAAGCUGGUUUAUUCGAUGUGGCGAGUGAGGAUCAAUUCUACCCAACGAUCGCCUUUGCUUUAAACGCUGCCGAGAGAGUCCUUGCCAAUGGAACGAAAUUCGUCGAAGCAGCCGGUCUCACCGACAAGAUGAGACGCUGCUCGCUUCGAUCCACCGAUUCA